AUGGGGGAGCUAGUAGCAGGAACAGACAGCACCCUCAUAGCAAAAGGAAAGAGUCUGGGGAGGCUGUUCUUAUUUACCAACCAGAAGUGUAGGCAGGCAUUACGCAACGGUGAUACUCUGUUUGGCUCGAAGCUUGAAGACGAUGCAGUUGAUACAAUGGAUCUCGGGGAUACCUCGAUAGAGCUUGUGAUGUCAGACAACAUACAAGAAAAAUUCAACAAACUGAAUGUAGAGGCAGAGCUUCAGGUGAGUUUAUUGGCCGGCCUGAUCAAGUUGAGUGGAUCAGGAUCCUACCUAGGGGAUGAGAGAAAGAGCGCUAGAGCUCAAAGUAUGAGUCUAAUCUACAAGCUGAGAACAGUCAAUGAAGAGAUCAUGCUUCGCCAGAACAAAGAUAAGAUCGACCUGGAAAUUCUGUCACCUUCAAAUGUGCAAACCAUCAACGCAACCCAUGUGGUUUGUGCUAUUGAUUGGGGAGCAGUUUGCUCGAUUACCUGCGAGUACGAAAACAAAGAAGAUGAAGAUGUCACUGAAGUCAAAGGGGCCUUGAGCGCAGAGCUUGAUAAACUCAAAGUUUUGGUUGAUGUCAAAGGUUCUGCAAAAGCAUCAUAUGAUGAUCAAAACAAAGACAGUCACAAAAAGUUCACCUUCAAAUGCAAAGCGGAUGUGUCGGCUCCUGACAAGGAUCUACCUGUGACAUUCGAAGGCGCUGUUGAUCUAGCGCGAAAUCUCCCAAGUCUAGUUAAAGGUACCAACGCAGGGAAGGGCGUUCCAUUACUUUACAUGUUGAUGCCACUGGAUGCUGUCGUCAAGAUGUGUAGGCUCCAGAUACAACUUCAUAUACAAUACACAUCAAUCAAUGACGACAUCAUCAAAAAGUGUGCACAGGUUGUGGAGGGAAUCACCAAAAAGAGACAAUCUCUCUACGAUAUUCAAAAAGAUCUGCAUGCCAAUGCCGAAUAUGUCACUGAAGGCUCUCUAGCUAGGAUUGAUGAUAUCUUAGAGAAGUUCAUUGUGCAAGAAUCUGGUUUUAAGUCUAGGCUGCAAGAUUUGGUGAAGAAAGUCAGGUCGGGAAGUGUAGAUGUCUCUAAAAUCGAGGCAUUCCUGGAUAAAGAAUUGUCUGGGGCAUUUUCCAUCUCCAGGUACAACGAUCACAUUAGAGGAUUUCAAAAAGAUCUGAACAAACUAAAAUCUAUCAAAUCAUGGAAGAAGAAAGGAAUCAUCUACAUCGGGAAAAAAGAUGAAGUUGCCAUGGACGACAGAAAAUUUGUCUACACACUCUACAAGACUCGGGACGAGAAUGUAAAGAACGAUCUUGAUGAGAAAAAUCGAGAGUUCUUUUUACGACUACAAAAAACACAUGCUCAUGAGGAGGACUACAAAUUCAUUGUUGUGGACCAAGACCUAAGAGAGGAUAUUUGGCCAUCUGGUGAAAAGAAGACAACCAUUUAUAGCUUUGUAGACGGUCGUCGAACAUCGGAAGACCUGUACGCCAAAAAAGGCCAAGACUCUGAGAUGUGUCUGAUACAAAUCAAUAGACCAGUCUACCAGCAAAUACGCCCAAACAACCGAGCACAUGUCCAGCUAAGAUGCCCAAAUGCUUUGGCCGCAAAUGGUCAAUGUUCAGGCGACCCUGUCACUUGGAAGUGUUCAAAAUGCAGAGAGUUGGUUGAAUAUGGCAUAGAAACUAAACUGUUUUACUGCAAAUGCGGACAAUCUGACCCCAACGAAUCACUCUGGCGUUGUAAUGAGAAUGAUCAUGGCAUGAACUACGUCAAGUAUCAACACGAUAUUCUCUCUGCGGAGUUGUCAAAUCUGCGGGCCAUAAAGGAGAGAAACAUCUUGAUCCUGGGUGAGACAGGCGUUGGAAAAUCUACGUGGAUCAACGGUUUUAUGAACUACCUUUACUAUGCUGAUCUUGAAGAAGCUAUGAAAGCCAAGGAAUUCCACAUUUUAAUACCGUCCAGCUUCACCUUUACACAGCAAGGGAAGGAAAAGAAGAUAAUGGUUGGGGAAAGUGACACCAAUGAGAAUAUGGAAGCAGGAAAAUCUGCCACCAAAGAGCCUCGUUCCUAUGUCUUCCACGUAGGAGGGGAAAUCGUUCGCUUGAUUGACACACCAGGAAUUGGAGAUAGUGAAGGUAUACAACAAGAUCGGAAAAACUUUGACAAUAUACUAUCGUAUCUGACCCACUACCAGGAGAUUCAUGCUGUGUGCAUACUUCUCAAGCCAAACAAUUCACGUCUAACAGCAAUGUUCCGUUUUUGCAUCCAAGAACUCUUGGUCCAUCUGCAUUCGUCGGCCAAAAACAAUAUCGUAUUCUGCUUCACCAAUGCACGAGCUACAUUCUACCAGCCUGGAGACACCUUGCCUGCCCUCAACAGAGAGCUCGAGGACAAACAGGUUGGAAUUCAAGCUAAUCCAAACAACUACUUCUGUUUUGAUAACGAGCCUUUCCGGUUUUUGGCUUGUGUGAAAAACGAGGUUGAAUUCAGCCAAGGGGAGAUAAACACUUAUGCUGAAAGCUGGAACAGGUCUGUUGAAGAAACCAAGAAGCUAUUUAAGCACAUCAGCUCUUUGAGGCCUCACAAUAUUCGUAACACUUUGAGUAUGAAUGAGGCUCGAAGAAUCAUCGUGGCCAUGAGCAAACCCUUGGCAGAAGUGGCCAAGACAAUCCAACAAAAUGUACAGGAAGGCAAUGAAGCAAAGACACAAAUUGACCUGGUUGACAAAGAUAUGGACAGCUUGAAAGCCAAUCUGAAGUUUUCUGGAUUUGAACUCAAGCGUGAGGAGCUAGGCUAUCCUAGAACAGGUUACAAUAACAACAACCCAUACACAUCUUCAACAUCAUCCACAGCAACAAAACGUUGA